UUUAGUUUUCUUUUGAACGGCGAGGCGUUUGGACGCGCACGCGGAUUGCCAGACGGAAUCAAAUCGAAAUCGAAAUCGAAAUCGUGAAUCGAAGUCACCCACGCCAGAGCAUCUUUUGACUUCUGGCAGCUGCCGCCAAAAAAAAUAAAAUAAAAACAAAGACGUUUUUAUUUGAAGCAGCCGCGCGACUCGCGCUUUUCGAACCCAUCGAGUUUAACAUGAGCAACUGAAUCCAAACGAAACGAAGAAGAAAUUAACGAGGAAGAACGAGACCCCCGAGAGGUGGCUUAAUUACUGAGAUUAUCUAUACAUAGUUUGUAGACACCCAAAUCGAGGAAAUGGGUUUCAUUGCGGCGCACAAACCGCGUGUCAACAGAACGUUGAUAUCGCUCAAAUUUGUCGUAUUCUUUGUCAUCACCGGCCUAACAGCUUUGCAUGUUUUGCAUUCCACAAAGCCAUUGCUUUUGGGUCUGGACUUCUCGGAGUACCGCACGAUCACCAUAUUGGCGCCGUUUGUUUCCAUUUUGGGUCCUUUGAUCGCUGGUCCUUGGGCGGAUCGCCUAGCGGCCAGGAACCCGAAUACAUUUGGACGCACGCUGCGAGUGAUGACUGCCGUUUUCCUGCUGAUCUCGGCCUUAAUCUAUGCUUUUCUGUUUGCUGUCCCGGAUGUCAGCCGGCGGGGAGAAAUCCGAGAGCCACUGGUCAGCUUUGGUUGCGACGAAACCGGAGGAUUCCUGUUCCAAGAGCGCUGUGGCUCGAAUUCCAGCUGCAGCAUGUGGGAGCAUAAGGAGGGUGCCAUCAACCUGACCCGUUGCACCUACAGUUGCCAGAAUCCCAAGCUCUAUGAGCCACUGUAUGUUGCCUGGUUGGCGGAGGUGCCCACGGUGGCCCCUUCCACGGAGCAGAGUUCAGAGUUUGACUACGAGGACGAGGGCAGCACUGCGGUCACGGAAAGCUUGCGCGUCAGGAGGGACUUGGAGGGAUUGGACCCCGCGGACAGUGCUGGCGUCGAGAGCAUCAGUGGCGAGUUGCCACUCCACCGGUCCACCAGACAGGUGAAGAGGCCCCCCACCAAGGUCUACGUCCAGCCCCCGCACGUUUGUCUCACUCAGCGAAACCAGGACGGCAAGGAUGUGGUCAAGCACUGCCACGCCUACACCGAGGACACCACCAGCGUGGUCAUGGAUGCUGUCAUGGGCUCGGCAAUCAGUCAGGAGGAGCACUAUGAUGACUAUGAAGGGUGGUGUCAGUAUCCGCUGGAGGGUUUCCAAUGCCACAUUCCUGCAGAGCAGGUGACUUACAUGAAGGACUUUAAACAAUAUAGCCUGAACGACAGUAACUGCAAGCCGAUGAUCGAGUGCCAGGUGGUAAGUCCUUACCAUGAGAAGAGUGUGCUUUCGGACAGCGAGUGUACAAAUACCACUGGCAGUGUGCAGGAAACCCUGGUGGGCUAUACAACCAUUCGCCUGAUUGGGGAUAUUUUCCCCAUGGCCGCACUGACCCUGCUGAACACAGCCAUCGUGAUCGCCGUGCGUGAGACUUCCGAGGGCAGGGGAGAGGUGUGCCGCCAGUAUGUUUGGGGUGCCAUUGGCUAUGUGGUGCUCUUCUCGCCACUGGAGUUGAUCUUCUUCGAGAACGAACCGAAUCAGGAUGCUGCUCUUGUUGCUCUUAUAAUAUUUAUUGUAAGCUUUGUUCUGGGUGCCAUAGUGCUGCUCUGUGCAUCUCAGAUGCCACUGAGUCCUCCAGAAUGGUGGUGGCACACGAAGACCGGAAUGCUGGUGGUGCCCAUGUCCGCCAUCCGGCGCUAUAGUCCCGAGAUCUUUGUUCUCACAAUGGUGUCCAUUCUGUUUGGCACCUUCUGGAGCAGCAUUCACAGCUUCCUGCGCUGGACCUUCUACGAUCCGAACGCCCUGUGCUAUUCGGGCUUACUCCUCAUUGUGGUCCUUUUCUUCAAUGUGGACAAGUUCAUCGAGUACUGCGGCCACUCGAAUAUCUUCAUCGGCGGCUUGGCUAUCUAUGUCAUUAGAUUCACCGCGUUGAGUGAUCCCCAGACUCGUUGGUUGACCGUCAUCAUGGAGAUCAUCGAACCGGCUGCCAUCGGUCUCAUUUGGAUCACGAUCAUCCUGUACAUGCGUCAUGCCAUGCCUAGGAAAUUGACUGCCACUGGACAGGCCAUCGCUGUUUUGGCCUUUUUCGGAUUGGGCAAAGGCUUUGGAGCUCUGAUUGGAUUAGCUCGCGACGAGAGAGACCCGAAAUUGGGGGCCUGGUCCUGCACCUACCAAUGGCUGGCCGUGGUGGCCUGCGUCGUGGCUCUGGUUUAUUUCGGGAUCUACAACCUGGUGCUGGCUCCACGCUGCACCGCCAAGCCACAGCAUUCCGAGGAGUUGAUCUCCGGAUCAGCAUCCCAGAACUUUGGCAAUACUGGAACCGGAACUGGAAACGGGGCUGGCAAUGGCAAUGGAGCCGGAAACGGAAACGGAGCCGGAGCGUCACUCAAUGGAAACGGAAAUGGCAGCUACUCACCACUGAGGGUCUACCACAACGAGAGGGGGAAGAAGGGACAGUUUAGAUACUAAAAUACAGUGGGAAAUUCAAAGAACAAUGGAUAAUUUCUUCUUUGCAUGGAUCACCAAUGCUCCGCCUCUCUCAAAUCGAGUGCGAAUGAUAUUCUUAGGUUUUAAAUGUGUGUACACCACGCCUCGUCCUCCUCCACCUACCGCCCCCCGCCCGCUUGAGGGCAACACUGCUAAUAGUUUGUAAUGCGUAUUUUUGCUAAGUGUAUACACCAGGAGGAAGAACCACAAAUGAGAGGAUAAAUACGAAAACAAAAAAUGAACUUUUUUACAUAAAUCGCAUGUAGAUCUUAUUUUAUUUGUUAUUUAAUGCCAACUAAGCGAGUUCAUAAUUUUAAUUAAACCGCAAUGGGGAAGCUGACUAAAACAAAAGGCCAACCAAAAUCAUCAACUGCCCGACUAUAAUUGCAACAAUAGCCAUGGAUACAGCAAAAGCAAUAACGACUUCCCCAAACAUCACGUCGUUCUCUUUACAACGUUACAAAAAUGAAGGCAUCAAUUUUUAAUGAAACAUUUGCGUGAUUUUACUAAGCAUAAUAUAUGAUGCACUAUGAGCAUAUAAAUGAAACAAUAAAACAGAAAAUGUAAUUAUACAAAAAUAUAAUUAAUGGUAAUUAAAUGUUUUCAAAUUAA